AUGGCCGACAACACAACGGGAGGAGCGGGCGCUGGUGCAAAGCGUAAGAACCGUAAUAUGGGAAGGGCAGAAUGGAGGUCAGCGGCUAACCAAGGAAGUCGACAAGCCUUAGACAAGCGGAAGCGCGCUGAGGAAAGAGAAGCGGCGAAGCGUCGCAAGAUUGAGAAUGGUGAACAGCCUGUGAAUCCAAUCUAUGCGACUGAGUUCUCCAAGGAAGAAAUUGAGAAUGAGGAGCGCCGCCCGAAGAAGAAAGUUGCCGUCAUGAUUGGGUAUUCGGGAACUGGGUACUAUGGCAUGCAAUUAACCGAGGACAAGCCGACGAUUGAAGGCGAGCUGUUUGCGGCUUUGGUCGCAGCAGGUGCAAUCUCCAAAGCGAAUGCAACGGACCCCAAGAAGUCCUCCUUCAUCCGCUGUGCCCGUACCGACAAGGGUGUCCAUGCCGCGGGCAAUGUUGUCUCCCUGAAGAUGAUAAUUGAGGACCCAGAUAUCAUUGAAAAGAUCAAUCAGCACCUUAGCCCGCAGAUCCGGGUCUGGGGAUUGGAGCAAACGGCAAAGAGUUUCAGCUGCUAUCAAAUGUGCGACUCUCGGGUAUAUGAGUAUCUGCUCCCAAGUCAUUGCCUUCUCCCUCCCCAUCCCAGUACCUAUCUGGGAAGAAAAAUUGUGGAGCUGGCUGAGAAGGCUGGAGACUUGGAUGCAGUCAAGGCCCGGCAGGAAGAGGUCGCCGAUUACUGGGAGAAGGUGGACGAAGAAUACAUCAAGCCUAUUCUGGACAGUGUCCCGGAGGAUAUCCGCAACAUCGUCCAACAAUCUCUCUUCUCUAGCGACGCCAAUCCGGAAGAUCUUGAGAACGAGGAUCAGUCCGCUGCGGAAGUCCCAGACAAGCCUGCUGAGGAACCCACGCAACCGCAAGAAUCUGGCCCUGAGCAACCAAAAGAGGACCAACCUUUUGUAAUGGACCCUCGCCAAAGGCUGAUUCUCGACACAACCAAGGCUGUCAAGGCCGCUUACAUCAAGGCCAGACGAGCUUAUCGUGCGCCUGCUUCCCGCAUUGCCCGCUUGCAAGAGAGCCUUGACCGAUACGUGGGCACUCCGAACUUCCACAACUAUACUAUUCAGAAGACCUUCAAGGACCCCUCAGCCAAGCGUCACAUCAAGUCAUUCAAGGUCAACACCACUCCUGUGGUCAUUAACGGCACCGAGUGGCUCAGUCUGAAGGUCCACGGCCAAAGCUUUAUGAUGCAUCAAAUUCGGAAGAUGGUUGCGAUGGCCUCUCUUGUCGUACGUUGCGGCUGCAACCCAGACCGAAUCAAGGACUCCUACGGGCCAGACCGGAUUGCCAUUCCCAAAGCCCCAGGACUGGGUUUAUUGCUUGAGCGGCCCAUCUUUGACAGCUACAACGCCAAAGCAAGCAGUUUGGGCCGUGGUCCCGUUCAUUUCGAGCGGUUCACAAAGGAGAUGGACGAGUUCAAACAGCGUGAGAUUUACGACAGAAUCUUCCGCGAAGAGGAACAGACUUCAGCGUUCGGCAACUUCUUCAACCACAUCGAUCACUUCCAGAACAACUUCUUCUUGUACUGUACAUCCGGUGGUAUCCCAGCUGCGAAGCUUGUGACUGCUCCUGGGGGCAAGGGUACUUCCAAGGAAGAAGGUGACAAGGCAGCGAAGGAUGAGAGUGCAGCCCUGGCUGAAGUUGAAUCUUCAGAGGAUGAGGGCGACCUGCAGAACGGUGAAGAAGAAGGCAAUUGA